UUCGGAGGUGCUGACAUUUCUGGCGCAUUGGCGCUCUUGCCUGUGCCCGCGCCUACGACGAUCCACGAGCGUAUAUACAGAACACACUGUAUCGAACACGCAAGAAUUGAAGACAGCGAGCCGACCCGUUACUCCCAGCGAAGAGAUGCACCCUUCCCUGUCCAUCCCAUCACAUGCUGAGAUCCUAGAUACCUCUUCAGCAGAGGCCCACCAUGGAUGGUCGCCAGCGCCGUCAUAGGUCCUCCACAGCUGCCUCGCGUUCCUAUAAUCCGAACAAUCCUCAUAUCGACCAGCUCCAAUCUUUGUUCCAGGCUCUCUCAAAAUCAAGUGCCUCUCCGAGACCGACCAUCGAGUCCAUACAGAAUCAAUGCGAUGUAUUACGAAGAAUAAGGCAAGCUCUCAUUGACUCUGCCAAUCCAACACAAGCAAAAGACGCGUUUAGAUAUGCCUCAGGCUUCAACGGUCUGUUGGAUGCAGUUCGUUCGGUAUCUGGGUAUUACGAUCCCGGUACGCUGAGCGCUGAAGAGAAUGCAGCCUUCUUCGAGCUCCUAGGGGCUAUCUUGGAUGUUCUUUCUGAAGCUUCGAAUGAGCAUUCUGGCAACCGCAGAUACUUUGCCAAGAAAGUUGACGGCGGAGGAUGGAAGGCUCUUGAACAAGCUCUGGCCAGUACUGGCAUUGGGGCCGGUCACUUCAACGACGCCUUAGACCACUCGGGACAGGAACAGCUAUUCGGAAGUCUAAUCGCUUUUGCACUUGGAGAGGAUUCGAUAAGACCGGUGUUCCGUGGCAUAAGCACUGUCAUGAAUAUAGCCAGCGAGACCAUAGAGUCUGUCGUAGCCCCAGACCAUAUAACACCAAGAGCCGGCGCAGAUGAGAUAUCGAGUGUGGCAGAAUCGGAAGGCGCUUGGAUAAGACAUCUUGAAAAUCGUAUACGGCGCAUUCUUAGUGGGAAAGAAAUACUACUGAACCCCGACAUGAUUCCCAUCGUCUUCAACUUGUGGAAGGCUAUGUCUAACGAAAAUUCAGCUACAGAUUCAAGGAAUCCUUUCGCCAUAUCUGUACUGCUAGCCAUAAGAGAUAUCAUUUCGAUGUCGGUUCAUAAUAAGAACGCUGUCCAUGGCACGGGCCUUCUUAGCACUAUGCUCCCGAUGGUCUUCACGGAAUCGAGACAUGUUACUGAGCAUGCUAUUCUCAAAAGUAUCAGUGAACUUCUGAUUAGGUACGGGGUCAAUGACUUGAAAGAUGCGUAUUUUCUCUAUCAGAAAGCUGGUGAAUCAGACGAAGCAGGAGACUUUCUUCUGGAAGCUAUGCGUGCAUCCCGAGAGCCUCCAUUCAUGCAAUUCGACCUAUCCUUGCAAGGUUAUAGCUCUCUUGAGCUGAAAGAUCUAGGACGUCCUUUUCCCCCAACUUCGAGUGCCGGGUACACUAUCGCAGCAUGGAUCCGAAUCGAUAGGUUUGACGAAUCGUGCCACACCACAAUCUUUGGCGCGUGCGACUCGACCCAGCAAUGCUUCGUCUUAGCCUAUCUGGAGAAGGGGACCAAACAUUUCAUCCUACAGACAUCUGUCUCCACACCAAAGCCGAGUGUACGCUUCCGAUUUAACGCCUUCCAUGAGGGCAGGUGGUACCACGUUGCUAUCGUACAUCGCAGACCAAAAGCCAUGUCCUCGAGCAAAGCUGCACUGUUCAUAAACGGGGAAUUUACAGAACAGAUCAAAUGCGCGUAUCCGAUAAGUCCACCUGCGAUGAGUACAAGUACAGAAAGUUUUGCCUCCAUAUCGUCCAACAGCCAGAAGCUAUCUCCAGUUCAAGCGUUUCUAGGGACGCCCCAAGAUCUGGCGGCUAGACUGGGAAGGAAUGUUGUCAUUUCGCGCCUAGACGUGGCCACAUUUCAUAUCUUCUCUGAGGCUUUAUCUGACGAAAUAGUACAUGUUUAUCAGAAAAUGGGACCACGUUACUCUGGAAACUACCAGGACACACUUGGGUCUUUCCAAACUUAUCGCACCUCCGCGGAGCUAAAUGUCUACAACGAAAUGCUACAUCCAGGGAAGGAGGAGAAAUCUGAGAUAGUACAGGCCGUCCGUGGGAAAGCAAGUACCGUGUUACCAGAAUCGCAGAUACUUUUCAGUAUCUCGCCAACUUCUGUGAUGGACGACGACGACCGCAACAACAUUGAUGAAUCGCAGCUUAUACGAUCACUUUCCAAGGAUGCCGCGAAAAGCCUCUUCCAGUACGCCAGAAUUGGAGGUAACUCCAUUAUAAUCAAUGCUGCGGUGCCGUCGAUCAAUGACGCGCUUACACAGCCCCGUGGUGUCGCUCUUCUGCUUGGAGAUCCUAUAGUGAUAGUGCCCCAAGCCCUAGAUGAUGCUUCAUGGCGCAUAGGUGGAUGUACGGCCGUGGGUCUAAAGCUUGUAGAGCUAGCUCAGAGCAAGGACGCUAUCCUUCGAGCUGUAAACAUUCUACUUGAGUCAGUAGAAUUCAGUUGGAGAAACAGCGAGAUUAUGGAAAAAGAGAGCGGAUUCGCUGGGCUUGGGUCCCUUCUUCGAGAAAAACUUGGGCUUGGAAACAUCACCUCGACCAAUACCCGAAGCUCGACACCAUUGGACGGUCGUGAUCGUGACGAACUGAGCUAUGAACUGCUGAAAGUAAUUCUCCGAUUCGUUGGUUAUGUUAAAACAAGGCCAGUCGAAUCACUUAUAAUAAAUCCUCUCGCCUACCGCAUUCUACUUGUUGAUGCAGAUCUCUGGAGACGCUCAGCUAUCGAAACGCAGAAACUUUAUUACCAACAGUUUGUGCAUUUUGCAGAAGACAGCAAGAAUAAGACCUUCAAUCAGCGGCGUUUGACGCGAACAAGAAUAGUGAAACGACUGCUCGACGCGCUGAAAGCAGAAUCUUUGUGCCUGGAAGUUCUCCCAGAGUUCAAGGCCGCUUUCGUGGCUCUGCUGAAAUGUUGCUUAAUACCGGAAAACCUUCGCAGUGUCGCAUUGUUUAUCACAUACUCACUUCAAGACAGCAGGACGCUAGUAAGUCGGUCACUCUCCAAGCAGAGGAGCGUGGCGGUACCCUCAAACAGAACUACAACCUCAAAUGCCUCUCCUUCGGGAGGCACACCUCGUUCUGGCAGUCCACUACAGAAUGGCAGCCCCGCGUUGUCCAGGUUUGAGAUAGGAGUAAAAGUUCUUGAGAUAUUCACGGACCUUCUCUGUGAUCCCGUGAGUACAUACAGCAUCACACGGUUCGCCAGAACAAUUACCAACAAGUGGCUGCUUUAUCUGCUCGCCGAAAAUGAAUCUCGUGUCAUUGUUUUCGGGUACAAGAUCUUGGCUCGAUUACUUGUGACAAACGGUCCUACCUAUGUUAAGAAGUUUUCGGAGAAGACAGGUGGGGUCUGGAUUUUAAGACAACGCUUGAGGAUCUGGUGGAAUAUACCAUCUGUGUGGGUCAUAUCACUUGCCAUCCUCUUUGGCUUAGACAUCUCUAAGGUCGAUCUGGAACGCAAAUUUGAUCUGUUUAACCUAUCCGAACUCUUUUCGCCUGCCGAGAAAGUACAAAUAGUUUAUCCCGAAUUCAUACCUGUCGUUGGGGCUCUACUCGAGACAGGAUUACGCACAGUGGUCAAGGAUCCCAACCAUGGCGGCCAAAACCCAACGGGAAGUGUCUCGGAGAGCCUCGCGAUCGAAAGCGAAUCUUCAAAUACCAGGAAAAGGUCUAUGUCGCUCUUGCAAGAGAUCGCGGCACAUGGCCGAUCUCGAUCUCUGUCAACGGGACGCAUGACCGGAUAUGCUUCUAUACUGCAUACUGUCAUUCAAUAUUUAACAGAACUGAACUCUAAGUCCCCCUCGUACCAAGAAUUUGCCAUCACGUCAAACUAUGUUCAAGAGCUCCUCUUUGUCCUUUAUCCUUUGGUCGUGACCUCCGACACCGUAAGUGCAGAAACUGAGCUGCAUUCUCGAGGAUCAGCCCUUACCUUCGAAGGGCACGACGUCGUCAUUCAACCACACUCAAAGUUAACUAAGGAGCAACAUGCCGUCGUUAGGACGGCCGUAGUACAAUCCCCUCCGAGCCCAGCCGCUCGCACAGCCGUGCCACUAAGGAGAGGUUCGUCCUUCAUACUGGUCUCUUCUGACAAUCUCAAAGGUCGUACAAGCUCACCACGCCUGCGGCCGCUUAUGUCACCAGAAAAAAGCAACACAAAAGCUCUACAAGUCGGUAGCGCAGUUGUGGAAGGCCUUCUCGAGCUUAUUCUUGGGGUUUUUAGUGUCCAGCUUUUCCGUCGAAAAGAUUUCGUAGGUUUUGGCCUAUUCUUGAAGGUUCCCCCCGGCUUUCAAGAGCACCAAGCUUAUUUCGAGUCUUACGUCCUAUUACAUGCAAUGUCAAGCAUUUCAAACUCUUUACAGCUUGAUCAGAAGUUGUUUUGCGAGCCAAGGGUUCUCAUCAAUUUGUCCAAGUACUGUUCAUAUAUGGCUGAAGCAGUGUUCGAAGGUUGGUUCCUCAGCGGUGCUGAGCCGCUCUUAGAUUUCAUUGGCAAUCUUCUAGACUUUCUUCAACGUCCCGAUAUCGCCGCCCUAAAAAGCGUUAGGUUGUGCAACCAAGCAAUCGCAAACAUAAGGGCGGUAUUUUUAAGAGUCGUACUUUUGAAGCUAUCGGACGUGGACGAGUCCGAGAUGGAGACAGAGACGUCCUCCUUUCUGGAGAAGAUGAUUUACUGGCAGACGAUCAUCUUGUCGCCUGACAAUUCCGAAGUCUACUUCCUACGACUGAUGUGCUAUUUGCUCUUCACAAAGCUGAUAUCGCAGAAACAGGCGGUACGCGAAGCUGCCGCGAAUUUUUGGCGACUCUUACUUGUGCAAAAGCCAGAGGAAACUUCUGCAGUAUUCAUCAAUGCCCCUGUCAUAAAUGAGAAACACCUCUCCGACGGAUUUGCACAGCUAACCCAACUCGAUAACGAUACAUUCCUAGAGUGGCUAGACAAGCAUCGUGCUGACCUAAAUGAGUUCUUCUUUGGCACGAUAGCCAAAGCUUGGGAGGACUUUGUCGAUGAAGAGAAUAGAAAGACGGAGGAAUCGGCCAAGAGCCGAGUGAAUAAACGAAGGGAACGACUCAGGCAAUGGCACACUGAGCAGACGAAGUCUGAUGAGGUGUGGCAUCGACACGAGAUCUCAACUACUCACUGGCGAGCGAACAUUCAUUCGUCGGAACGUCUGAAGCAUCAACGAACAGUACAGGACAAUCAGGACAACCUCGGCUUUAUCGCCUCUAGACUUGAGAAACUCGCACAAACACUGCAGGCCCCGUGCGGUUUAUUUGGUACGAAGCCGCAGUCCAAAUGGCAGCUUGAUGAGACAGAGGGUCGCAACCGUAUGAGAAUGCGAAUCUUGCCAGAUACAGGCCAAGUACAAGAGGAAUAUCAACCCAAACGAAAGACAUCUGAGGCUACGCCAAAUAGAAACUUGAAAGUAGAUGUGACGAUUCCACGAGUGUCAACAUCACCCUCAGCCAUUGAUACAACUCCGUCCGGCACAAAGUCACAAAUGAAAGAUGUAGACCAAAACUCGAAGGAUAGUAGUACACCGGCUGAGAAUGCUACCGAAGAGGAUGACGACUUCGAAAUGGUUGAUGACAUUAACGAAGGAGAGAACGGAUUCGAAGACAAGAACCGCAAGGUGAUGCGUAGUCUUCAAAUGGGUGACCAAGUCCAGCAUGUGAGCAACGUUUCUCGAAUCGUCGGAUUAGAAGCUUGCGAAGGACUUCUUAUCAUCGGAAAUGAUUGGCUGUAUCUCCUGGAUAAUUUUUUCCAGCGAUCUGACGGAGAAAUUGUUCGUGUAUGGCAGGCUCCGAAAGAGGAACGCGACAACUAUGUGCAGAUGAUUUCCGGGCGAGAGGCAUCAUCUUCGUCCCAAGGAUCUCAGUAUAACAGUGGUGAGCAUGCGACUCGAAAUUGGCGCUGGUCCGAACUUAUCAGUAUCUCAAAACGGCGCUUUCUCUUUCGUGAUGUCGGACUCGAGAUAUUUUUUGGCGAUGGAAGAAGCUACCUACUCACAGGAGUUUCUACCUCCGUGAGAAAUGAUCUUUACAACAAGCUGAGUGCCCGAGCACCUCAUAUACACAAUCCCAGCUCUAUUGCGCAACUAGAGGGCUCCUGGCGUUUAGAUGCACUACGGAAUCCAGAAGAAGCUCCGCAGACUUUCGGCUCAAAGUUCGCAAACGUCUUCAACCCCUCUGCCAUGUUCCCAGCUACAAAAAGAUGGUUGAAAGGAGAAAUCUCCAAUUUCCACUACCUCAUGCUUGUUAACACUCUAGCUGGCAGGACUUUCAAUGACUUGACGCAAUACCCAGUAUUUCCAUGGGUACUAGCAGACUACACGAGCGAAGAAUUGGAUUUGACGAACCCACGUUCGUUCCGCGACCUCUCAAAGCCCAUGGGUUGUCAGAGUGCUUCAAGAGAAGCCGAAUUCAGGGACAGGUAUCAAUCUUUCGCUGAAAUGGGAGAUCACAAUGCCCCUCCUUUUCACUACGGAACGCACUACUCCUCCGCCAUGAUUGUCACAUCAUACCUCAUUCGAUUGCAGCCCUUUGUUCAGUCUUACUUACUCUUACAAGGCGGCAGCUUUGAUCACGCCGAUAGAAUGUUCUAUUCGAUCGAAAAAGCCUGGCUGUCUGCAUCCAAAGACAACAUGACAGAUGUAAGAGAACUGACACCCGAGUUCUUCUAUCUGCCUGAAUUUCUCACGAACAUCAACUGCUACAAUUUUGGCACCAGGCAAGGCACAGGCGCAAAAAUCGACAAUGUGGUACUACCCCCAUGGGCAAAAGGAGACCCGCACAUAUUCAUUACCAAGCACCGAGAAGCUCUUGAAAGUCCUUUCGUGAGCAAAAAUUUGCACCAUUGGAUUGACCUUGUCUUCGGAUUCAAGCAACGAGGCGAAGCCGCAAUCGAAGCUACUAAUGUCUUUCACCAUCUCUCUUAUCAAGGUGCAAAGGAUCUGGACAACAUUGAGGAUCCGCUAGAACGUUUAGCUACGAUAGGCAUCAUUCACAACUUCGGCCAAACACCACAUCAGAUCUUCUCGCGGUCUCAUGUCCCCCGUGACGACAUCUCGCCAAAGUUCAAGCGUCUAGACAAUGCAGCCGAGUCUCUGACCAGACUUCCUUUCCCUUUGCUCGAAUCCCAUGAACGUGUCGCAUCCCUCUUAUUCUCACAGAAGCAAGACCGCCUCCUCUGCUCAGCUGCGUUCCGGAUCAACAUUCCUCCCCUGUAUGAACGAUACAUGGAGUGGGGCUUCACCGACGACAGUGUGCGAUUUUACGCCACAGACAAUCGCAAGCUCCUUGGGCUCUUUGAGCAUCUCCACCAAGGCCAGAUCUCCUCUGCCAUCUUUCUUGACAGUCGUAUUAUGAUUACAGCCGGCGCCGACUGCACCUUAUCGGCCUGGACCAUGACCAUGUUUGCCAAAGCCGUAGAUUUGCAGCCUAAAGUCACCUUCUUCGGCCACAAAGCUCCCGUCAUCACACUCGCAACGAGCCGUGCCCUGUCCACUUUCCUAUCCGCAGACACAGCGGGUCACGUAUAUCUCUGGGAUCUCAAUCGCAGCGAGUUCAUCCGUGAAAUUGGCGACCCACGCGCAAAUGAACGCGAUGGGCCAGUGCAGGCUGCGCGAAUCAGUAGUAUCACAGGGCAUAUCAUCUUGUGUCGCGGUCCAUUGCUACAGCUUUACACGCUGAAUGGCCAUCUGCUACUCAGUGAGAAUGUAUGUGAGACAGAUGACCCGGAAGAUAUCAUCACGAGCUGCGCUGUGUACGAGGGCGUUGGCAAUGAGUGGGUGAGCCGCGAGCUCAUCUUCACAGGGCACAAGAGAGGGCUCGUAAAUAUUUUCACCCCCACCCCAACGCCGUUUGACCACCCCGGCACCAAGCUAUGGUCCCUCACCCCUAUCAAACGGCUCAACCACACAGACUCGUCCCGUGAGGACAGAACAAACUUCCAUGCCGCAAUCAGUUGCAUCCUGCCUAUGGCGCAGGUGGUGUAUACAGGCGACGAAGACGGACGAGUAGUAAGUUAUCCAAUUUCAAUGUACUCUGGGGGCGAUGAUGAUGGUGAUGAUGCGGGGUGUUUCCGGCGUGGCAAAGUGUCGGCGCAUGGUAGUAGCGAGGAAGGAGUGAGCAGGGAAAGGAAGGAAAGAUGGGGAUGGUGGGGUGUAGGAAAGCGGGUCAUUACCGUUUGAUGCGCGCGGUGGAAACGAUACUGUAUAGCGCUUGGUGUGAUUGUUUUGUUUUGUUGCUUUCUCCUAAACUCCAUUUUCUCUACCGUCUUCCUUGUAUUGCAUGACAUAUGUACUGACUUCACAUCUUUACCAGUUCGAGUGGGACUGCGUUCAGCGCUACGCAGACUGACUCGGUCGUUCCUGCUC